GCAGCAUCGCGGCGGAGCGGGGGCAGCGGAGCCGCUGUCAGAGCUGCGCUCGCAGCUCCGCGCCCUCAGCCCCGGUCCCGGAGGGCUCCGCUCGCGUUGCAGAGAUGCUCCUGGCCGGGAUCCCUCGGGACACCUAAGAGCAUAUUUCUCACCAGUGCUCAGGCUGCUUUAUCAAUGGAGCCCCGGAUUCCCCACAACAUCACCGUCGCCCCCAACUCUGUGAUGGUCCAGCCCCUGCUGGACAGCCGGAUCCCCUACGGGAGGUUGCAGCACCCGCUCACCAUCCUGCCCAUCGACCAGAUGAAGACGACCCACAUAGAGAACGACUAUACUGACAACCCCACUGCUCCCCUGCCGGCAGCCCCCAAGAGGCCCCGGGGUCCCCAUGAAGCAGCCCCGAGCCACACGCAGCGCUGCGAGCAGGACGUCACCCACCCCUGGAUCUCAUUCAACGGGCGCCCCAGCUCCAUCAGCAGCAGCAGCAGCACCUCGUCUGACCAAAGGCUCUUGGACCACAUGGCCCCAGCACCCGUGGCUGAGCAGUCCUCACCCAGGGCGGUGCGCAUCCAGCCCAAAGCAAUCCACUGCAAACCCCUGGACCUGAAGGAACCCAUGUCUCAGGAACUGGAUAAGCACUUUCUGCUGUGCGAAGCCUGUGGGAAAUGCAAGUGCAAGGAGUGUGCGCUGCCCCGGACUCUGCCGUCGUGCUGGGUGUGCAACCAGGCGUGCCUGUGCUCAGCGCAGAGCCUGGUCAACUACUCCACCUGCAUGUGUCUGGUCAAGGGAGUCUUCUACCACUGCACCAAUGAGGACGACGAAGGCACGUGUGCCGACCACCCCUGCUCCUGCUCCCAGUCCAACUGCUGUGCCCGCUGGGCCUUCAUGAGCGCCGUGUCGCUGGUGCUGCCCUGCCUGCUCUGCUACCUGCCUGCCACCGGCUGCGUCAAGCUGUCCCAGCGCUGCUAUGAUCGCCUGCGCCGGCCCGGCUGCAGGUGCAAGAACACAAACAGUGUCAUGUGCAAGGCACUGCCUGAGAGCAAAGCCAGCAGGGCCGAGAAGCCCUUUUGAUAGUUGGGGAAGGAGGGAGUGGGGAGGAUGCUCCCCAGGGGGGUGGAGUUGUGUUUUUUCAUAACCUGUGUUCUGAGGAUAACACGAGCCUUUCGCCUUCAGAGAAAGCAGAAGCAACUAUUUCUACAAACUGAAGCACUUCGGGUCAGUCAGGGUUUUGGAACUGGUCAGCAUUUAACUUCAUAGGGCCAAAGGAGGAAUCUCAGAUCUCAGCCACUCAGAGCAAAGCCUGCAAACCCACAUACAACACAAUACACACCGCAACACACAGCUGCCCACCACGAGGACCCGCAGCCGCUCACUUACCAGUGCACCAGCACACACAGUUCCCACCACUGUUUGCAGAACACUGCCUUGGGCUGACAUCCAUUGUGGGGUUCCCGUUUUCUCCCCUCCUAAGCCACAUUCACUCCCAGCUGCAGCUGGAAGCCGUGCUCCCUUCCCUCCCUCCCCACCUGCUCCAUUAUCAGGGCCACCUGUGUGCAGCGAGCCCUUCCCUCAAGCUUUCUGCCUCCCUCAGAGGGUCUGAACCAGAAGUAGACACAGCGCAGUGCUGUGGGGUCUCAGCAUUGAGGCAGGGUGCUCUGUUGUGUGCCCACCUGCCCAUGUUGCUUUGGGGCCUUCAGCAGAACGGGGGACAGGUCCAAGCCACGUCCCGGCACUGUGCUGCUCUGCCCCAAUCUGUAGCACCAGGUUUCAUCCCACCUGAUGCUGAUUUUACACCAACAGCACACACCUGCCCCAGAGGAUUCAGAUCCCAUUUCCCUGCCAUGUGCUCACUCCCAGGCACCGGAGCAAAGGCAAUGUUGAUGCAGUCCGUGAAGUUCAGAUAUUCCGUAUUUGUUUCUCUAAAACUCUCAACCCACGAAGACUGAAGUGCAGGAUGCACGUAGGUGCAUUCAUAUAGGGCCAUCACCCAGUAUCUCCUCUCCUGGGACAAGCUCUUUGCUUAUUAGAUAUUCAUUUUUUUUUCAUACAGGGGGAGAACAGCACUUGCGUGCAUCACAUCCCAUUCCCCCCUUUCUAUUGCUGCUGUUCAGCUUUUGCAUCCUCUGUACAAAAGCGGAGAAUGCUUGUAACAUUUAUUUUAGCAUGAACAAAUGCUAGGAAAAGCCAGGGAGGAACAAGAGCACCUGUAAAGGAUUUGCCCACGGUGCUCAGAGGGAGAAGUGCUCACAGUGGGGGCUGUGCUCCCCUGGAGUGGCAGUAACCCCACUGCUCUGACAGCUGCGAGGUGCCAACGAACCACCUUUGCCCAAGUGCAUAACGCUGUCCUAAGUGGGUAGGUACAAAUUGCAUGCUGAAAAGGAAUCCAGUCUAUCUUUUCCCUUUAUUUUUUUAAUUAGAGGAAAUUUCCUCAGUAAAUGCACAGCAGUGACAGUGAAAUGUCACUCCUAAUUAGCAAAGCAAUAGGCAGAGCUCGGGCAGCGUUUCCAGGAGUGCCAUUUGCUCGGCUGCAAUGCAGUUGCUGCGUAGGGGUUGGCAGGAGUGUGCUGAUGGGAGGUCUGGUGGCUUUUGUUAUAGGAAUCCAUUUACCUUGGAUGACUUGGGGUUUGGUUACGUUUAAUUGUGGGUAUUUAAUGAAUGGUGAGUUUUAAAAAAAAAAGUUUCUAUAUUUAUAAUAUUUGCUAGCUUGUAUGUGAUAAAUUGUAGGAAGAGGGGCACGUCUGUUACCAGCUACCAAUUCCUAUGGUUUAUCCUCGUGCUGAACAUAUGGGGACACCAGAAAGAAGGAAGCAGGUGGGGCUGUACCUAUUAUCUUGCACAAAUAAGAGGAGAAAAUGUAAGAGGCAAACCAGCUCCUGACUAGCUGAGCUGUUGGUUGAAUGUAUAAAGUAUGUGUAUUUAAUAAUACAAAUAAUUUCCCCAAGAUACAAUCAGGCCAGAAAAUGCAGCAGGAGGGGCAGCUGCUAUGGGAGCACACGCAGUAGCCAAAUGGCCUCUACCUGCAGGUCUCCCCUUUUUGACCCUCUGUCCUUGGUUGAUCCGGAGGGGUCUGUACUGAGAAUCUGCAAUAGCAAAUCCCAUUGGUAGCUGCAUGGUUCGUGCCAGGAAAUGCAAUGUCAGAGUGGUGACCACUGUGCCAACCCCGUGCCAUGCACGUGCCCGCCCCGUUCCCCAGUGCAGCGAGGCUUCCGCUCCUUCUACCUUCAUUGUACAUAGCUGUAAACUAUUUCUCUGUUGGUUUCUUUUAAUAUAUAAAUCCCGCUGUGAUGUAAGCCCACCACUUGCUGGAAGACUGUACCGUGUUUGUGGAUGUGUUAGAGCAGUGGUCGAUGUAGCAGUGCUCCCCAACCCCGGGACCCCACCAGCUCUGCAGCUCGGGGCAGCUCGGGCUCAGAGGCAAUAAGGUCCUGCUUUCCCCUCCUGCCCCAUCCCGGUGCCUCCGUUCCCCUUUUCCUCUGACGGUACUUGGGUCUCGUGCCACCCCCAGGUCCUGCAGGCACAGACACGGGCUGCGCUGCCUCUCACAGAGCAUUACCCAAAAUUACUGCCCAGUGCUGUGCGACCCAUGGGGAGGGCUGCAGCAGUGGCCCCAGCGAUUGGCACUCACAGCCCCCAGUGCCCCCCCACCUCUCUGCCCCCCACACUGAGGCCCCCCCUCCCCGACAGCAUCCCGCCACACGUGCACCCUGAGAAGUCACCACAGAAGGUUUCUCUUUGUAUAGAAUAUUUAUUUUGAAGCUCUAUUUUAAUAGUAUUUAUUUUAGAAAGUCUACUAUUGUAAGAGUUCUUCUGUUUGUGAAGAAAAACAAGUACUGAUGAAUGUACUGAUCUAGAAAUUAUAUAUAUAUAUAUAAAUAUAUAUUGUUAAAU